CCCCGCGAGGCGGGCCCGGAGCGCGUUCCUCCCCUCAGGCAGGCGGCGGGAAGACGGGCUCGGGCCUGCUGCAGCUGCCACCGCCGCGAUGGAGGCAGAGGAGACCGAGAAGGCCGGGGCCCAGGGCGAGAAGCUAGGGCCCGCCGACGCCCCGGGGCCCGCUCCCGCCGCCAGCGGCCAUUACGAGCUGCCGUGGGUGGAAAAAUACAGACCGGUGAAACUAUGUGAAAUAGUUGGAAAUGAAGAUACGGUGAGCAGGUUGGAGGUCUUUGCAAAAGAGGGGAAUGUACCAAAUAUUAUCAUUGCUGGUCCCCCAGGAACAGGUAAAACCACCAGUAUCCUCUGCUUGGCUCGUGCUCUGCUUGGUCCUGCAUUAAAGGAUGCUGUUUUGGAGCUGAAUGCCUCAAAUGACAGAGGCAUUGACGUUGUGAGAAACAAAAUCAAAAUGUUUGCCCAGCAAAAGGUCACACUUCCAAAAGGUCGGCAUAAAAUAAUCAUCCUUGAUGAAGCAGACAGCAUGACAGAUGGAGCACAGCAAGCGUUGAGAAGAACAAUGGAAAUUUAUUCCAAAACAACACGCUUCGCACUUGCAUGCAAUGCCUCUGACAAAAUCAUAGAGCCUAUUCAAUCUCGGUGUGCGGUGCUGCGUUACACCAAGCUGACGGAUUCACAAAUCCUUGCAAGGCUACUGAAAAUUGUUGAGAAAGAGGAUGUACCAUAUACAGAUGAUGGAUUGGAAGCCAUUAUCUUCACAGCCCAAGGAGAUAUGAGACAGGCAUUAAACAACUUGCAGUCCACAUAUUCUGGAUUUGGCUUUAUAAACAGUGAAAAUGUCUUUAAGGUAUGUGACGAGCCUCAUCCUCUGCUUGUGAAAGAAAUGAUACAACACUGCAUAAAUGCAAAUAUUGAUGAAGCAUACAAGAUUCUUGCUCACCUUUGGAGACUUGGAUACUCUCCAGAAGAUGUGAUUGGUAACAUCUUCCGUGUGUGCAAAACCUUUCAAAUGCCCGAAUAUCUGAAACUGGAAUUUAUCAAGGAAAUUGGCUACACACAUAUGAAAAUAGCAGAAGGAGUGAACUCGCUUUUACAAAUGGCUGGACUGUUGGCCAGGCUGUGUCAGAAGACUGCAGCCCCUGCAGCAAGUUAGACACCUGAUUGAGCUGAAACCCCUCUUCUGGAAGGUGAAGACCUGGCACGCAAGGUCAGCAGCUGUGCAUGUGUCGUGAAUUCUGUCCCCCUGGUUUUGCUAAAUCCCAGAAAAAUAACCAGGUUCUAUUGUAAAAAUAACUUGUAUUUUUUUUAUUUUGAUCAAUAAAGCUUUGAAAUCUUUAA